AUGCUCGGCGGGGUGCCCAGCGAUUCGGACGAGGUGGACGGUGAGGUGCGGGCGCUGACGGCCAGGGCUUUCCGCAGCCUCUCGGGUCUCCCUGGCGCCCGCCUUGACAUGUGCAGCUCCCACACCUCCUCCAGCCUCUCCAACUCACUGUCGGAGGACGGCGGGCGGCCACGGUGGUGGCCGGCGGCUGGUGGCGAGUCCCGGAGCACAGUGGCAGCCCUCCAUGGCAGGGUGGACUGGUCCUUCCCCACUGGUGUGGACGGGGAGCUGCUGAGCUUGCUGGGGAAGGGGCAGGUUGAGAAGGAGAGGAAGGAGACAGGUUUCGGCCCCUGGGGUGGGGGCCCAGCCCCCCAACCCCUGCCCCCCGCCAGGAAGGAGCCCCCUAGCAAGGGCAGGGCUGUUGGAGAGGACUUCAGGUUCAACUACAAGCAGUUCAUGAAGACGGCCUCCCUGGAUGCCGACACUGGCAAGACCAGGGCAGCCUCUUCCCUGGUGAAAAAUGUCCUCGCCAAGAAAAUGCAGUACGAGCAGAUGAUCAAGAUGGAGCAGAAGGGGCUGCGGGGCAGCUCAACCUCCUCGGGGCUGUCCUCCAUCGGCACCGACCUGCUGGGGGAUGGCUUGGAGGGCAAGUCCAGCUCACUCUCCCGCUCGGACUGCAGCUUCUCAGCCGAGGACCUGCGGGGUGGCGGGAUGCCGGUGGCCGUGGGGGAUGUCACCACCACCCGUCCCACCAAGGGGGUGGUGCUGAGCGAGGAGAUGAGGGAGAGUGUCUGCAAGCUGAAGAAGACCUUCAAUGAACUCAAUGAGAGGAUGAAGUACCAGGAGGUGCUGGAGGGCCAACGGCUGCCUGUUGCCACCGAGGAGCCGGCGACGGAGAGGAUCCGCUACCGGCGAGCACGUGCCUUGUUCGAAGCCCACCCUGGGGCGGGGAAGGCGCUGGAUGUCGCCCCCAGAUUUGACAGAGUGCCGAAGCCAUGGCCCAGCUUGAAGCAGCGAGCCAUCCGCCGCAGCCACCCCCAAAGCCUCCCCUUGGAGGCCAAAUGCCGAGCGUUCCCCACCACGCCGCCCCGGCACCUCUUCACCUCCCAGGCACAGGAGGUGAGGCUGGUGCCGCAGAGCCGGCAGGAGGAGAAGCCUCCAGCGGUGCCCCACAGGCCGCCCAGCCCCGGCACCCCAGCCCGGGAGUCCCUGCCAGCUGCCCCCCCCAAGGCAGAAGAUAAGGGGAAGGGGCGCAUCCCGCAGCCCCGGGACGUGCGCAAGCUGGUGAAGAGCAGCUACAGCCUCUGCUUUGGGACUGCCGGCGCAUCCCGUGGCAGCCACCCCCCUUGUCAUCCACUGCACCUCGGUCUGCCGCCGGGAGCCAGCGAUGGAGCCGGGGGACGGGGAGGUGCUGGCAGCUGCCAGGUCCAGGCCACGCGGAGGGGGGCGGCCACUGCAGAGGGGCCGCCGGCAUCCCCCCCACGCCGGGAGCGGAGUGAGCUCAGGGUGCCGCCACGGGCACCAGUGGCCGAGGGGGUGCCGCACAUGGAGACCCAUCUCCACGUCCUGGUGGGCCGGCGGUCCCCGGCAGCAGCUGGGGAGGGCUCCCCAGCUCAGAGCAGUGCCAUGCUGCGGACGGAGAAGACCGUUCUCCUCCCACCACCGCCGCCGAGUCCCACGGAGGGAAAGGAUGGACGUGGCCAUGGUGGCACUGGGGGCGUCCGCACCACUGAGGGGCCUGAGUCAAUGGUGCAGCGGCAUGGCGGCAGGGACGGCGGGGACCCCCAAGCCGGACCCCCGGCCAGCAGCGGUGUGCACCCACAGCCUGGGAAACCAGCAGAGAGAAGCACACCGAAGCCACCCACGAGCGAGCAGGUGUCGGCAGGGAGCAGCAGCUCUGCGGACAGCACCAGCCCCACCACCCCAUUUCAAGCCGGGGAAGCCAGCAAAGUUCCCUCUGGCCAGUUGCCAGAGUGGAGGGAGGCCUGGGAACAUUUACCGAAGUGGCCAGCAGCCACCGAGCCGUACCUUCCUGCUUCCCCAGCAGAGAAUUCCAACUACUUAGCAAUUCCUGUGAAAGCCCCCAAAUCCUCUCUGAUGCCAAAGCUGCCCUCGGUCCCCAAGCCAGACAGCGCAUCCUUUGGGACCCCUGUGGUCCCCAAGCCAGACAGCGCAUCCUUUGGGACCCCCGUGGUCCCCAAGCCAGUCAGCACAUCCUUUGGGACCCCCUUAGUCCCCAAUCUGGCCAGCACAUCCUUUGGGAUUCCUUUAGUCCCCAACCCAGCCAGCACAUCCUUUGGGACCCCCUUGGUCUCUAAUCCAGCCACCACAUCCUUUGGAACCCCCAUGGUCCCCAGCCUGGCCAGCACAUCCUUUGGGACCCCCUCAGUCCCCAAGCCAGCCAGUGCCUCCUUUGGGACCCCCACGAUCCCCAACAUGGCCAACUCAUCUUUUGGCUACCCAUCAGCCUCCAGCCUGGCCAGCACAUCAUUUGGGGCUCCCUUGGUCUCCAACCAACUCCAACCUCCAACCAACAAGUCUUUUGGAACCCCUUUGAUCCCCUACGCAGCUAGUGCAUCCUUCGGGACCCCCUUGGUCCCCAAUCUGUGUGGUGCACCCUUUGGGACCCCUUUGGUCCCUAACUCAGCCAAUGCAUCCUUCGGAACCCCCUUGGUCCCCAAUCCAUCCAGCGCAUCGUUUGGGACCCCCUCAGUCCCUAAUCCGGCCAACUCAUCACUUGGGAUCCCCCUAGUCCCCAACCCAGCCAGCUCAUCUUUUGGGUCCCCAUUGGUCACCAACCCUGUCCCUGCUUCCCUUGGGCGCCCAUCAGUCUCCAACAUGGCCAGCUCAUCCUUUGGCUCCCCUUUGGCCCCCAACCCAGCCAGCGCUCCACUGGGGACCGGUAUGUCCCCCCUGGCCAGUGGGGAAGCACCCUGGAGCAAACCCAGCCCUGAGUGCCCCCUGCCGCAGCCUACUGAGGGCCUGGCCGCUGGGGAGCGCCUGGUGCCACUGCCCCCAGCCCAGCCCCAGCCUCGCCCCGAGGACGCUCCCCACUUCCUAAGGAGGACUGAUGGCGCCUCACCGAGCAGUAAGAGCACACCGAGUCCCACCAAGCCCUCUGCUCCCCACCUGCCCGUGCACCGGAGGUUGCUCGUCGAUCCCGACAGUGGGAAAUGCUACUACAUGGAGCCACCGCGGCAGCCACAGCUGAAAACACUCUACGACCCCGAGACAGGGCAGUACCUGGAGGUGCUCAUCCCGCCGGUGGCAUCACACGCUGGGCUCUACCAGGCUCCUUUCAACCCCCUGGUCAUGGCCCCAGGGGUCUAUGCUCCCCCCUAUGUGCCCUACGGCACCUUCCCAGGGCUCCCGGCACCACCGCCGCCUGCCGCCCCCUCCCCGGCACACCCUGACCUGCCAGCUGCUGAAAACCCAGGCUUCCCUGGGACCUUCAGCCCUGCUCCCAAGGGCGAGGGGCCACCCGCUGCCGGGGGUCCUGACUGCGGAUACCUGGAGAGCCUGUACUACAUCCCCACGGGGAUGCGGGCCAGCCCCGGCCCCAGCCCCGGCCAGCCCCCUGCCCGCACCAGCCCUGCCGGGCCCGAGAAGGGACCGCUGCUCCAGAUGUGA